AUGCUACUACAAAGGACAAAUCCCCAAUCCGUCGAAACAUUUCCAAUUAUGCCUCGAAACGCUUUUAAAGCUCCCAAAACUAAGCGAUCACCUGCUAAGCAAGAAACAGAAUUAUAUGCAUCUUCAUCGAAAAAAAGACGAACGAAAGAUGAUUUUUACACUUUCUGCACCAUAGUGCUAUCAUAUACUCAAUAUGAAUCUCUUAAACGAGAGGAAUUGCGGCAACAAAACAACAUUAGCCCUGUUGGCAGUGGAGGUAGUGCUGCAGACAGCUAUUCCUCUGACAGCACAGCGUCUCUCUCCUCAAGUAGUCUUCAAGAAUGCCUUCAAGAUAGUUUACAAGAUGGCUUGCCUGUUGACAGAGUGCAGCAGCCGACACAAGACACUACUCCGACUGCCAUCAGCAGCAGUAGCAAUCCACUGAAUGAAAGAGUGACCACACCACAUCAAUCACCUAAACAGCAGCAGCAGCAGUUUUUAAAGCAGCAGCAAGCCCCAAAACAUCAACUGCAGACUGUGAAACCAUCACAACAGCCACUCCAGCAAUCUAAACAGCCUCAGCAGCCUAACUUGAAGCAGUCACCUCUCUCUAAAAAUCCACUUUCAGUAUAUGAUGUUAAACACAAACAGCCUAAACAGCAACAGCCUAAGCAGUCACAACCACAGCAGCAGCCUAAGCAGUCACAACCACAGCAGCAGCAGCAACAAACAUCGCCUAAACAUCAACAACCCCAGAUCAAGCAAGAACCAUCAGCACCUACUCAACCCACCCCACUCACUGUGACCCCAACUUCAACAUCAAUGACUCAGUCACAUCACCAAAAUACCACUAAUCGAGUGGAAAGCAAAAUAUCCCCUAAAGUAAUUAAACUAGAACCGUCUACUUAUUCCCCACAAGAGCAAAAUUCUCACCAAGAGCAAUUACCAGAAGAUAAGAAACCAAAUAGAUUUGAAUUAUUACAGCGGCCAAAGCAAGAAGAAAAUUUCUCUGCAGGAGGAAAACAGAAGAUACAUAUUAAGAAAGAGGUGGUUGAAGAUGAAGAAGUAUUGAAGGAUAAGGAAAAUGAAAUCUCUAAAGUAUCUCCCCAAGAGCGUCGUGUGAAUGCUGUAAGGAAAGCUAACUUACGCUAUUCCAAACUGGAGGUGAACACUAGUCAUGAAAAUGCAGAAAGUAACACAGACAGUUGUGCUGACAGCAUACACAGUAAUUGUAGCUCUUCACCUGAUGUGAAUGAGACAGAUGAAGAAUCAUGGGACUUGAUAACAUGUCAUUGUUUAAAGCCAUAUGCUGGACGACCAAUGAUUGAAUGCUCUGAAUGUUCUACAUGGAUUCACUUAUCUUGUGCAAAAAUUCGAAAGUCAAAUAUCCCAGAAACAUUUGUUUGCCAGCAGUGUAGAGAAGCAAAAUUUACAACACGUAAAUCUAAUAGAAUCCGGACUGAAAGCAAACGGAUCAGUAUCUAA